AUGGGAGAGAAUCCUCCUCAACCAUUGUUAAGAGACUAUGACCACCCCAACGCAUUCCAACUUCGGAGUGGCAUACGUCUUCCCACCACAAAUGCAAACAACUUUGAACUUUCACCUCAACUCAUCCGUAUGAUUCAAAGCGAUCAAUUCGGAGGUAGUCCUCAUGAGUGUCCUUUUGCUCAUUUGGACAACUUUCUUGAGUUGUGUACAACUAUCAAGCAAAACAACAUUUCGGAAGAGUUCAUCCGUAUGCACAUGUUUCAAUUCUCCCUCCGUGAUAAAGCAAAACAUUGGUUGAGAACGGUUGAAGAGGGAUCAUUGACUUGGGAGCGUUUCAAAGAUUACACAAGGAAAUGCCCCCACCAUGGUUUUACAUCAUGGAUCAUUGUACAAAGCUUCUAUGACGGUCUUACUCCUAUUUCAAGGGCCAACCUUGAUUCCGGGGCCGGUGGUAGCCUCAAAAAGCUAUCGGUGGACGAUGCAUACAAGAUGAUUGAAGAAGUGGCCAAGCAUUAUGCAUAUGGAGGUGAUAGAAGGCAACCUCAAACAAAGAAGGGCGGAAUUCAUGAUCUUAGUGCAAUAGAUCUUAUUGCAUCAAAGUUUGAUAUGCUAGCUCACAAGCUAGAUCAAGCCACCCUCACACCCUCAAGCUCUUCCUCGCAAGUCAUGUCUUGUGAGACUUGUGGAGUAAAUGAUCACUUGUCCUCUUAUUGCAACUCAACGAAUCAAGAGCAAGCGGCGGCAAUUGGGCAAAGGAAUGAACAAUACUCCCAAUCCCACAAUCAAAGUUGGAAGCCCCAACAUAACACGGGAUGGAAGCAAUACAACCAAGGCCCCCCACAAAAUAACUACAACCAAAAUCAAACCCAACCUCAAAACCACUACAACCAACCUCAAUCACAAAACCAACAAGCUCCAUACCGCCAUCCCAACCAAAGGGAUCAAAACCACCAAAGAUCACAAUAUAACCAACCCGCUCCUCCUCCUCCACCUCCUCAAAAGACUAGCCUUGAGUCCGUUCUUGAAACUUUCAUGACUCAACAAAUAAGGAACAAUGCGGAGAUGAAUGCAAACAUCCAACAACUCCAAGCACAUAAUAAGAUAAUGGAGGGCCAAUUGGCUCAAAUUGCACAACAAGUUGGGUGCACCUCUAACCCCGGUGGUCAAUUUCCAAGCACAACGGUAAUGAAUCCAAAAGAGCAAGCGAAAUCAAUCACCUUGAUUAUGGAAGGGGGGUAUGAAACUCCAAUUAUGAGAGAAAAUGUUGCCAAAAAGGGAGAUGAGGGAGAUAGUUGGGUAGAUGAAAGUGAGUUUGAAAAUGAAGUGAGUGAGGAGGCGAGAGGAAGGUCAAAAAUGAGUGAUGAGGGUGCCUCAAAGAGAGAUGAGGGAGAAGUGAAGAGUCAAGCUCCAUUGAGAGCAUAUGAGCCUCAUAUUCCAUUCCCUCAUAGAAUGAUAGAGAAGAAGCUAAAUGAGAAACUUUCUAAGUUCCUUGAUGAAAUGGAAGGACUUCAAUCAAACAUUCCACUUCUCCAUGCUUUGUCUCAAAUGCCUACAUAUGCAAAGUUUUUGAAAAAUAUUCUUUCUAACAAGAGUAGGCUUGAGGAGAGUGAUUCUAUCUCUCUUCCAACGGAGAUAAGUGCUAUUCCUCAAAAUGAGCUUCCCGAGAAGUUUGGUGACCCCGGUAGUUUUGCUAUACCGGUUAAGCUUAUUGAACUAUUAUAA